AUGUCUCAAUCAACAUCAGCGGGUAUUCAGAGCAACACGGCGAACAAUGGGGGAAAUAAGAAGAAAAGUCUGGGAACACUCGUUGAAUGCAUUGAGGCAUCGGAUAGUGGAAAUGAACAACAACAAGUGAUGGAUGAUGGAGAGAAGUCUCUAUCACCGCCAUCGAUUGGAGAACAAGCGUCAUCCCUUGGUCCAUCUCCAUCAACAACAUCAAAAAAGCGCUCAGAACAAAGAAAUGGAGGAUCUCGUCUAUCACUAGCCAGCCUUUUCUCUUUCUCAACAAUUGCACAACGAGAACAAAGAAAGCGAUCUCCGUGCAGUGGUGCACUUUCAUCAAGUCAAUCCUCAUCAGUUGGUGGUGGAUCAUCACAAGCUUUACCUUCGAAUCUCUAUAUUCCAGGCCCCUCUCUCUCCUCCCAUCAUACGCCCUCCCCCUCCCUGCCCUCCCACCCAUCAACUCUUCCACCUUGUUCUCAUCAAAGAGAUCCCCCAAUUCGUGCCCAUUCCUUAUCUUCUCACUCACUCUCCACAAAUUUCCAUCGCAGAUAUCAAAUGGCUGAUGUCGAGCAAGAGAUUGAGAAUGGAGAAACGAGUGAAGAUCCCUUGUUGAAUGACAGUGAUGACAAGAAGAAGCUCCGAGAAUGCCCUCUUUGCUAUAUGAAACAACCGAUCGCGAAUUUUCCUCGUUUAAUCGGAUGUGGGCAUCGGAGUUGUCGACUUUGUUUGAUGCAAUAUGUCGAAUUGGAAAUCAUGGAGAAUCGAGUGGAAGUGUCAUGCCCAGAAUGCUCAGCUCAUCUCCAUCCAUCAGACAUCGCUCAACUCGUUGGGAGUCGAAGUGCGCUCAUCGAGAAAUAUGAACAAUUCAGCUUGAGAAGAUAUCUGAUGACUGAAGCUGACACCCGUUUCUGCCCAGCUCCAGAUUGUGGCUAUGCUGUGAUCGCUUCUGGUUGUGCUGCUUGUCCCCAAUUGAAAUGUGCUCGACAAGAGUGCGGCACACUAUUUUGUUAUCAUUGCAAAGGAGUCUGGCACGCGAAUCAGACGUGCGAUGAAGCAAGGAGACAACGAGCGCCUUCAGUUUUUCGAUCUCAACGUGUUCCCUCUGGAAGUUUAGAUUUGCAAUAUCAACUUAAACCCGGUGAUAUCAAAGCCUGUCCUCGUUGCCGUACCUAUAUUGUCAAAAUGGAUGAUGGAUCUUGUAAUCACAUGGUUUGUGCAAUGUGUUCAGCUGAAUUCUGUUGGUUAUGUCUGAAGGAGAUCUCAGAUUUGCACUAUUUAAGUCCAACUGGGUGUACAUUUUGGGGAAAGAAGCCAUGGACAAGGAAAAAGAAACUAUUGUGGCAAUUGGGGACACUGAUUGGAGCACCGGUUGGAAUCGCUCUCAUCGCUGGGCUUUCGAUUCCUGGAAUCAUCUUUGGAGUCCCAGUUUUUGUUGGAAGAAAAGUUCACCAACGAUUUUCUCAUCAAACCAAGAUUAAGCGACGUCUGAUUACAGCUGCUUGUGUGGCUGGAUCGCUUGUCGUGAGCCCAGUACUGGCAGUAAUGGCUGUUGGUGUCGGUGUUCCGAUUAUGUUAGCCUACGUCUAUGGAGUUGUUCCCUUAAGUCUUUGCCGAAAUGGUGGAUGUGGAUUAACGGAAGCUCAAUCAGUGGCCGCUUUAGACAAUCUUGAUGAAGAUGAGCUGUGGAAUGGUGCAGAAAACGGUAACGAGAAAUCACAGCUUUUAUCUGAAGGUGAACGAGGAGUUGACGGGACAUCACUGGGGCCAGCUCUUUCAAUGCAAAGUGGACUCUCGCAAACAACACAAGGACAAACGAGAUUGGUUGUAAAGAAUGAGAUUCGAGCAAGAAGACAUUCAGUGGAAAGUGGUGAAAAUUCUCUUGGUGAUCGAAUCAAUUACGAGGAGGCAAGCACAAAAGCAAUGCAAGGAAGUCAAUAUCAUUAUGAUGACAAGAGCGUUCACACCGUUUACUCAUCUGGACAAGAAGCUCUCUCAUAUUCAGAAGAUGUAGCAAGUACAAAGGCUCUUGCUGGAUCAGUUCAUGACACUAAAUCAUUGUCUGGAUCAAUGGGAGCCUCUCGUCAUGCAAUGUAUCGAGCUGAAGUUCUUGAGAGAGCUUCACAUGAGACACGAGAUGAAGAAAGGCCAUGCUCUACAAAAUCACUUGUCGAAGAGCCGUGUUCAUCUACUCAAAAUCAAGAAAGAAUUAAAGCCGGGAAAAGGAUGAGUGCCGGUUCGAGACAAGGAGUCAACUUCGUUUCUGUCCAUGAAGAUCCGGAUGAGAUUGUGUUAAUGACGGAGGAAGCUGCACAAGAGAUCGCUGCGAAUAGCACAAAUCCAGGGCUUUUUGAAAGGGAUCGUUUAGAUGGAAUGAUCCCUUCAGAACCCGAUCCAUUCCAUAUUCGGGCAUUAAUGGACACAAUGAAACAAAUGACUGCAGCCGAUCAACCGGAGCAUCAUGAUCAUCCUGCUUCAUCCUCAAUGAAAUCUUCUUCUCGUGUUCAUCGCUCAAAUAGUUCUCGUAGUGGAGAAGCCGAUGUCGAGAAAGGUUCAUCAACAACGACAAUGAAAGAACAAAAAAGAGGCAAACGACGUUUCUUUGGUCUCCUUCCACCAAAGAAUAAAAAAUUUGAUUCUGAUGUGAUUCUG